AUGUUAUCUUGUAUUAUCUGUUCUUUAUUUCCCUUUAUACUUAUAAUAAUAAAUAUUUUCUUGUACUGUAUGGCCCUUCCACCCCUUCCAGAACUCUCAAGAGUUCAAUUAGAUUGCCAUAGAAUUCCUUCGAGUUUUUGCUGCUCAAAUCGAAUUAGGAGUAAUUGUGCCCAGCUCUGUGCGUCUUUAUCAACUUCAACUGCCUUAUGUUUAAACUCAGCAUUUCCUUCGUCUAGUUCUUCUAAAGUACCAACGGUAGGCUUUAAAUAG